AUGGGUCCUCUUCUCAGCAUGUGCUGCAAGAAGUUCGGCAGCGUUCUAGCCGCUAUUGCUCACGCAAUCGCAGUCAUCAUGCUUCUGGUUUUCUUCGAAGUCUUGUUCGUGCUGGAGAGCUUCAACUUUGCUAGAACUCUGUGCGGAAUGAUCGCCGUUGUAGCUAUCCAGCGGUUCAUCUUCAAGCUCAUUGUCUCGUUGACAUUGACGCGCGAGAUCAAGACUGACCAGUCUAACAUCGCAUUCUGGACAGGAAAAUGGUAUUCCAUGGGUUGGCACUCGGUUUCCCAACCGGCCCGCGAAUUCCUCUGCAAAAUCACUGAGCUGAGCAUGUUUGCGGCCGAUUUCGUGCUCGGCCACACACUGCUAUUCUUCAUGUUGCCCUUGAUCCUGAUUCCGAAAAUCGAUAUGCUUCAUUCUAUUAUGCUGUUUUGGCUGCGGCCCAGCCGCCAAAUCCGUCCGCCCAUCUACUCGAUGAAGCAAUCAAAGCUUAGGCGCAAGCGUGUUUUCCGCUAUGCUGUGCUCUACUUUGUCAUGUUUGUCGUCUUUGUGGCUUUGAUCGCUGGACCCGUUGUUGUCGGCAAUCUGGAUGUCCUGGACCCUGAAAAGCAGUUUGGAAACCUGGUCAGUGGCAUGAAACUGGUCCAGCCGAACGGGCUUGACCAUGAUGACACACGAAAUGAGACCGAGACGGGCCCCAAGGGCGACGACUACACCGGAGUCGCCCUGACAAUUUCCACGUUCUCGCUCGGCGGCAACGCUCGGGCGACAAGGGGCGCCAACGACAGGAUGGUCCGUCUUCUAUAAGUCAACCAGCAAGGCUUGUGUAGUGUGUCCCCUAAGAUUCAUUUCACUCAUGGCGACAGAUUGGAGCACUUGACAUGUCGACGUACGGGGAACAGGGUAGGCGGAUGCGAGCCCCCUGUUGGGCAUUUUGUUUCUUUAUGCAGCAAUAGUCUUGUCUCACGCGGUAAUGGGAAGUUGGGCCUUAGAAUUGUGUAUAGUAUGAACUUGCCAGGUCAGAUCGUCUGAAAACUCUUAUGUCCUCGGUG